CUUGGGGUCCAUGGGAAACAUGUCCACAACCAAGGACUGGAACAGCUCGUCGGUCACUAUGUUCAUCCUCCUGGGAUUCACAGACCAUCCAGAACUCCAGGCCUUUCUCUUCAUGACCUUCCUAGGCAUCUACUUUGUGACUCUGGCCUGGAACCUGGCCCUCAUCAUUCUGAUCCGAGGGAACACCCAUCUGCACACACCCAUGUACUUCUUUCUCAGCAACUUGUCCUUCAUUGACAUCUGCUACUCUUCCACCGUGGCUCCCAAGAUGCUCACUGACUCCUUCCAGGAACAGAAGACCAUCUCAUUCAUGGGCUGUGCUACCCAGUUUUUUUUCUUUGUGGGCCUGGGUCUAACUGAGUGCUUUCUCCUGACAGCCAUGGCAUAUGACCGACACGCAGCCAUCUCCAGCCCCCUUCUCUACACCACCAUCAUGUCCCAGGACGUCUGUACACGCAUGGUGGUUGGGGCCUAUGUCGGUGGUUUUCUGAGCUCCCUAAUCCAGUCCAGCUCUAUAUUCCGGCUCCAUUUCUGCGGACCCAAGGUCAUCAACCACUUUUUCUGUGACCUUCCACCUGUCCUGGCUCUGGCUUGCUCUGACAUCUUCCUCAGUCAGGUGGUGAAUUUCCUCGUGGUGGUCACUGUUGGGGGCACGUCAUUCCUCAUCCUCCUUAUCUCCUACAGUCACAUAGUGUCUGCAGUCCUGAAGAUCCACUCCACAGAAGGCCGAUGGAAAGCUUUCAACACGUGUGCCUCGCACCUUAUCGUGGUGACUCUGUUGUUUGGGACAGCCCUUUUCAUGUACCUGCGACCCAGCUCCAGCUACUCACCUGACAGGGACAAGGUAGUAUCCGUGUUCUAUGCACUGGUGAUCCCCAUGCUGAACCCUCUCAUCUACAGUUUGAGGAACAAAGACAUCAAGAGUGCUCUGUGGAGGGUGCUGGAGAAAAAGAAAGUGUUUUCCUAGACCAUGAGUAGAAACAUACUUCUCCAAACUGCUGCAGACUUAAAUGAUCCAAGGCAUCACACCCUCCUCUCC